CUCCCACUGCGAAACGGACAAGUUGGCGGUGUUUUGCUCCGUUUGCUUGCGUGUUGAACUCCACAUCCUUUCCUUGAAACCCAUACCAAGCCGCGCUCGCGAAACCGAAGCCAUUAGCCUACUGUUAUCGUCCCAUAGAUUUAACUGAGGGGCAUAUAAUUGGACAAUAUGGCGGCUGCCCAGAUCAUCUCCAAUUCCGGACACGAUGACAUGAUUCAUGAUGCUGGCCUUGAUUACUAUGGCCGGAGAUUGGCGACAUGCUCAUCGGAUAAGACUAUCAAGAUAUUCGAGAUCGAUGGCGAAUCACAUCGCCUGGUGGAAACUCUAAAGGGACACGAAGGUGCAGUUUGGUGUGUCGCAUGGGCGCACCCUAAAUUCGGCACCAUCCUAGCCUCCUCGUCUUACGAUGGAAAGGUACUCAUCUGGCGCGAACAACAUCAAACCACCACAUCCCCUGUCGUUGGUAGCACCUGGACGAAGGUGUUUGAUUUCUCCCUCCACACCGCGUCGGUGAACAUGGUCUCCUGGGCUCCCCACGAGAGUGGGUGUCUCCUUGCUUGCGCUUCUUCCGACGGCCAUGUUAGCGUCCUCGAGUUCCGAGACAAUAGCUGGACUCAUCAAAUCUUCCAUGCCCACGGGAUGGGCGUGAAUUCCAUUAGCUGGUCCCCUGCAGCAUCUCCCGGUAGCUUGGUCAGUGCCAACCCUGGACCGGGCCAGCAGCGGAGGUUCGUCACUGGUGGAAGCGACAAUCUGCUUAAGAUUUGGGACUAUAAUCCGGAAUCCAAGUGUUACAAUCUAUCCCAGACAUUGGAAGGCCACUCCGACUGGGUUCGAGAUGUCGCUUGGUCCCCGAGCAUACUUUCCAAGUCCUACAUCGCGUCUGCCUCUCAGGAUAAGAGUGUUCGUAUUUGGACUUCGGAUGCGUCGAAUCCUGGCCAGUGGACCAGUCAGCAGAUCGAGUUUGAUACUGUGCUCUGGAGGGUCAGCUGGAGCCCCAGCGGAAACAUUCUCGCCGUGAGCGGAGGUGAUAAUAAGGUCAGUUUGUGGAAGGAAAACCUCAAGGGACAAUGGGAGAAGGUGAAGGAUAUUGAGGAGUAAUUAUUUACAUAUUUCAUUUCUUUUUACCCUUUUUUCUUCUAAUAAAAGAGCCUACCCUAUCUUUCUAUACCUUAUCCUUCUACGAUGGACAUAUUGGGCUUGCUAAGAUGAUCCGAUCCCAGGAGAGAGGAAAAAAUAAAAACGGAAAGGAGUCGUUAGAAACCCAAAAAAUAAUGGACCAUGUUCUGUCGUAUCAAGCAUGUGACCCAUUGCCCUAA